GCGGGUCGGUUAGUGUAACGGUGGUAUUUCGCUCCCACUGCGAACAAAUAAAAUCAACUGGCUUGGCCCAAAAGUAAACAACAACAAUAAUUAAAUAACAUUUGUCCAGCGCUCGAGUGCUUCGUGUAUGUUUUUAACUAACUGGCCCGAUAACCGCUGGGGAAUUUGGCAUGCAAAAAUAGGGAAUAGAAAUUAUAUAAACACGAGAGCCGGGGAUUCAAUGACCGCUGGCUGGUUGGUGAGCUAAGAUAACCCGGCGAUAACGCGGUCCGUGGUUCAGUGGCAAUUUGCAUUGAUGAACUGUGUGCUCGUCGGCCGCCGUGAAUAACUAAAACCGAAAGCAAAACCAAAAGCAAUCCGUAUCCCCGGAGCGGGGGCAUCGAUAAUCAGAACCCAGGACCAGGAUCGCAGAGCCUCCUGCCGAUUAUCCUUUGAAGUCCCCAGUGAGUGAGUGUGUCUCUGUCAGUGUGCAAAGUGUGAAAAAGCGCAAAAUAAAUAUUAAAAGCGAAACGUGCGUGGAUUAGAAAGCAUAAAACCAACCGGCAAGCAAAGGAUCAGAAACCACAACAACUACACUGCAGCCGGGGCAAAAGUGCUGAAAGGGCUGCUGAAGUAUUCGAACGCGUUCGCCAUAAGACACUGCCGCCAGCAGACGGCGUCUGGCGCCGGAACUGUCUAGCGGCAGCAGCAGCAGCAGAUAUUGCGACUGUAGCGGCAACAAACAGACAUGGCCAGCCAAAGGAUACGGCCAGAGGAAGGACGAAGGAUGAGCGCCUGCCGACCGGGAGCCUUGCAUACGGCAUUCAAUAUGCUGGCGUUGAGCUGGAUUAUAAUCUCAGAGUUAUUGCUCAGUGCUCACUGCCUGAAGGAUCUGAAGAUAUUUGUACCGGAGGCCGUCAUCAUGGGAAAUGCAGCGACAUUGUCUUGUCAAUACGAUUUGGAGCAGGCGGCACUCUACGCGGUGCGCUGGUACUUCGGCCAAGAGGAGUUCUACCGCUUCGUUCCCCGCGAGGCCAAGCCCACAUUUGUCUUCGCCGUCGCCGGCAUUAAUGUUGAUCUCACCAAUUCGGAUGCCACAUCGGUGACCCUGAAAGGAGUCACCCGGGAGCUGAGCGGCACCUAUCAGUGCGAGGUCUCCGAGGACGCACCGCUCUUCCACACGGAGAUCCGCUCGGCACACAUGCAGGUGAUUGAGCUGCCCAAAGGCGAUCCUGUCUUGCAGGUGGACAAGAAAGUGAUCGGCAUCAACGACAACUUCAAGGCUGUGUGCACGGUGGGGCCUUCGUAUCCGCCGGCGAACAUCACCUGGACCGUCAACGGACGCGAGAUCCACAAGACUCCGCUGCAGCGCAUCACGCUGGACGCCUUCGACGGGUCCAACACGUACUCCUCGCUGGAGAUGUUCCCGAACAGCCAGGCCCUGCAAAGCUUCUUCGCGACGAACUACCAGCACAGUGUGAAGGUGCAGUGCGGCGUGUCCAUUCUGCACGUGUUCCACAAGAACGUCGAGGUGCGGAUCGGGCUGAACCGGGCGCCGGCGACGACCAUAUCGCCGAAUCUGCUGGGACUGGAGGGAUCCAAGCGGUAUGCCAACGGCGAUCCUGACAACUCGGCGCUAACUGGCGCCUCGCAGCGCUGCUGCAUCUGUUGCGAAGCUCUGGGCGCCAUUUCGCUGGCGAUUUUUACAUUAACGGUGGCGCAACUGUGACCGCAGCCCAUCGCUUAAACCGUUAAUGGGAAAUGAUGAAAACGCAGCCGGACAGUCACCUCCAAGGAAGAAAUAAUUAAAGAAUAACACUCGAAACGCUGUUCGAACAUAUGAAGCGUGUUUAAUUGCGAAAGGAACAACAACAACAAAAAGGAAAUGCAAAAAUCAAAAGCGAAAAAAAUUUAAUAAUUAUGGGAGCGGGGAAAUUCGUUGGCGACAGCGACCCUGCAUUGUCAACGCCUAGUAGCAUGUCCUUGUAUUUUAUAUAUAUUUUUUUUCAUUUGCCUCAUUCGCCAUACAAAAACAAAAGCAACUGGGUCGCAGUCCAAAAGUUCAAAGCGAAGGAAUAUUUUUAAUGCAUUAAUUAAUUUGCGGUGGCUACAUACAAAAUUCUGAUAAUAACAAUACAUUAAACAUAAGUCACCCGGGCCUGCAUUUCCACACAAGCUCGGGCAAAGGUCGAAGGGAAGGUUAAAGUAAUAAUAGUAAAAGUAAAUAUAUAGCGUAAAUUUAAAACAUAACAAGCGUAAUUGCAUGUUAUGUAUGGAGGCGGGAUGUUGAACUCUUCGUAAAAAAAAAACAAAACAAAACGCCUGCAGACAGACGGAAGUAUAGAAAAAAUCGAAUCCAUAAAUUUAAAUAAAUUAACACAUGCACUUGCAAACAAAACUUGCAAAACAAAUUACAUAACAGAAGAAAAACAACAAUUAAUAAGCAUAAGUGACACACAUUUAAAUACUAAGUACACCCUACCCUCCAACUACCGCAGCCUAGGCACAUAAGUAAUGUAAAUAAUUACUGUAAAGAACUCAAAUAAAAAACAAAACGACAUAAAUUAAUAAAUUAAUAAAUACGAAACCCUCACAUGGGCAAACAUUAAUUAAAGCUAGAGCAAAGUGUGGAGAAAAGUUAAAUACAAAACUAAUUAAGUCCUUAUGAAAAAUCAAUGAAAUCAAAAAACUCAAAAAUGGAUAUCGGCCAAAUUCAGUUUAAUUGAAUUUGUUUUAAUUUCAUUAUGGCUUAUUUGCGCUAUCGUUUUGUCCAUUUUCUGCUAAAAGUUUCGUUUCCGUUGAACGGUUUGCGUUGGCAGCAUAACAUGUACUUUGUUUUAGAAUAAAUUUACAUGAAUACAUGCAAAAUAUAUAUAUUUAUCGAAUAAUAAAUGUCGAGACGAAAGAAUUUAGUGCGUAUAUGUUAGUUGGAAGAUGUUAAGAGUAUAUUCUGCCGAAGUAACUACAAGUAAAUCCAAACUCCUUGGCCAAAGGACUAUUUUUAGAUGUUCAUGCGCAGCGCAAGGCUCAAAUAUCGAUUCAGGUUGCGUUUGAUUGUACAUCGUGCUCUGCAUAGACAUGUAUUUCUCAUCUAAGAUACGCAAAUUUGGAUGCGUUUCCAAUACCAGUGUGUAAGCCCAAAAUGCAAAAUAUUGUAAAUCAAAACAAACAACACAAAACGAUAUGAUUUUAGCAAGUUGUGGCAGGUCAAAAUAA